CCGUCCCCUCCCCUCCCCCCCUGCCAGGCCGAAAAGAGUCGAGCCGCACUAACUCCGCUGCUGCCCAUAAAAUCCCCCGGCCUGCCCUCCACCAACAACUCGUCUUCGCACCCCCUCAACCUCCCCCACCAGCAAGUCUUCGCCCUUUCCAAAGAUCUACGGGUAUCAUCUUCGGAAAACCAGUUGCAAUCGUCGCCCAACUCGAGCGAUUCUCCUGUUAGCAUACAACCCCGACAACUAAUCGCCAACGAUGUCGUACGUUCCCACCAACACUACUGAGGGUGAGGGCCACCUCGACCGUCUCAACGUCCCCAUCACCACCGGUGAGUACGCCGCUCCCGUUGCUGCUGUGGAGACCGAGAAGGUCUACGAGGCCCCUGCCGCCGCUCCUGCCCCCAAGGCUACCGCCGGCGAUGAGGAGGAUGAGGAUGAGGACAUUGACGCUUUGAUCGAUGACCUCGAGUCCCAGGACGGUGGUGAGCUCGAGGAGGAAGAGGAGGAGGGUGACGGCAUGGAGGCCAAGCCCACUCCCGAGGAGUUCCUCCAGACCUCCACCCGCACCGGUCUUACCUCCUCCGAGGUCGAGAACCGCCGCAAGCGUUUCGGUCUCAACCAGAUGGCUGAGGAGAAGGAGAACCUCGUCAAGAAGUUCUUGAUGUUCUUCGUCGGUCCCAUCCAGUUCGUCAUGGAGGCUGCUGCCGCCCUUGCCUUCGGUCUCCGUGACUGGGUUGAUGCUGGUGUCAUUUGCGCUCUUUUGCUUCUUAACGCCUGUGUUGGUUUCAUCCAGGAGUUUCAGGCCGGUAACAUCGUUGCUGAGUUGAAGAAGACCCUCGCUUUGAAGACUGUCGUCCUCCGUGACGGUCAGCUCGCUGAGAUCGAGGCCCCCCUUAUUGUUCCCGGUGAUAUCGUCCAGGUUGAGGAGGGUACCAUCAUCCCCGCCGACGGUCGUGUCGUUACUGAGGAUGCCUACCUUCAGGUUGACCAAUCUGCUCUUACCGGUGAGUCCCUUGCCGUUGAGAAGCGCACCGGUGACUCCGUCUUCGCUUCCUCUUCCGUCAAGCGUGGUGAGGCCUUCAUCGUUGUUACCGCUACCGGUGACAACACCUUCGUCGGUCGUGCUGCCAUGCUCGUUAACCGCGCCGCUGCUGGUUCUGGUCACUUCACUGAGGUCUUGAACGGUAUCGGAACGAUUCUCUUGGUCUUGGUUAUCUUGACCUUGUUGGUUGUCUACAUCUCUGCCUUCUACCGCUCUACCCGUAUCGCCCGCAUCCUCGAGUUCACCCUUGCCAUCACCAUCAUUGGUGUCCCCGUCGGUCUCCCCGCCGUUGUUACCACCACCAUGGCUGUCGGUGCUGCUUACCUCGCCAAGAAGCGUGCUAUCGUCCAGAAGCUCUCUGCCAUUGAGUCCCUUGCUGGUGUUGAGAUUCUCUGCUCUGACAAGACCGGUACUUUGACCAAGAACAAGCUUACCCUCGGUGAGCCCUACUGUGUCGCUGGUGUUGAGCCCGAUGAUUUGGUUCUUACUGCCUGUUUGGCUGCUUCCCGCAAGAAGAAGGGUCUUGACGCCAUCGACAAGUCUUUCUUGAAGGCUCUCCGUUACUACCCCCGCGCCAAGGGUGCUUUGGCUAAGUACAAGAUUCUGGAUUUCUUCCCCUUCGACCCCGUCUCCAAGAAGGUGACCGCCGUCGUCGAGUCCCCCGAUGGUGAGCGUAUUACCUGUGUUAAGGGUGCCCCUCUCUUCGUUCUCCGCACUUGUGAGGAUGACGCUCCUGUCUCCCCCGAGGUCGCCAAGUCCUACAAGGACUGUGUCGCCGAGUUCGCUUCCCGUGGUUUCCGUUCCCUUGGUGUUGCUCGCAAGCGUGGUGACGGUGCCUGGGAGAUUAUGGGUAUCAUGCCCUGUUCCGACCCUCCCCGUCACGACACUGCCCGUACUGUCAACGAGGCCCGUCGUCUUGGUUUGUCCGUCAAGAUGCUCACUGGUGAUGCCGUCGGUAUUGCUAAGGAGACUUCCCGUCAGCUCGGUCUCGGUACCAACAUCUACAACGCUGAGCGUCUCGGUCUCGGUGGUGGAGGUGACAUGCCCGGCUCUGAGGUUUACGACUUCGUUGAGGCUGCCGAUGGUUUCGCUGAGGUCUUCCCCCAGCACAAGUACAACGUCGUUGAGAUCUUGCAGCAGCGUGGUUACCUUGUUGCCAUGACUGGUGACGGUGUUAACGAUGCUCCUUCCCUUAAGAAGGCUGACACUGGUAUUGCUGUCGAGGGUGCCUCCGACGCUGCUCGUUCCGCUGCCGACAUUGUCUUCUUGGCCCCUGGUCUCGGUGCUAUCAUCGACGCUUUGAAGACUUCCCGUCAGAUUUUCCACCGUAUGUACUCUUACGUCAUCUACCGUAUCGCCUUGUCCAUCCACUUGGAGAUCUUCUUGGGUCUCUGGAUCGUCAUCCUCGACCGUCUCCUCAACCUCGAGCUCGUUGUCUUCAUUGCGAUCUUCGCUGAUGUUGCUACCUUGGCCAUCGCUUACGACAACGCUCCUUACUCCAUGAAGCCCGUCAAGUGGAACUUGCCCACUCUCUGGGGUAUCUCCGUUGUCUUCGGUAUCAUCCUCGCUGCUGGUACCUGGAUUAUGUUGACCACCACCUUCGUCCGCGGCCACGGUAUCAUCCAGAACUUCGGUCAGGUCGAUGAGGUUGUCUUCCUCGAGAUCUCCUUGACUGAGAACUGGCUCAUCUUCAUCACCCGUGCCAACGGUCCCUUCUGGUCCUCCCUUCCCUCCUGGCAGUUGGCUGGUGCCGUCUUGAUCGUCGACAUCCUCGCCACUAUCUUCUGUAUCUUCGGUUGGUUCGUUGGUGGCCAGACCUCCAUCGUCGCUGUUAUCCGCGUCUGGAUGUUCUCUUUCGGUAUCUUCUGUUUGUUGGCCGGUGCCUACUACCUCUUGCAGGACUCCGUUGCCUUCGACCGUUUGAUGCACGGAAAGCCCAUGAAGGAGAACACCAAGUCCCGCUCCGUCGAGGACUUCCUUGUUUCCAUGCAGCGCGUUUCCACCAAGCACGAGAAGGAGAACUAAGCAUGUUUUUUUUAUCACGUCAGUCUUUGAGUUUUUUUUCCUUGACAAAACGCACAUUGUGCAGCUUUCUUAAUAAUUAUAAUAGAGACUUGUUCUCGUACCAAACUUCCUGUCUACAGUUUUCUAUCCUGUGCUAUCUUAUCCUUGCUGCUCUGCUUCUCUUCA